AAUCACAACCUUCCACAAACAUCUUCCGUCCAGAAGCUAUAAACUCGCUCCCGUUUGCAGCAGACCGCACGUCCACGUUGCAGCAGACGCUGCUCUACAGUCUAGUGGAUUGCAAUGACAAAUUACGCGCUUUGCGUCGUGAGCGAGGAAUCACACGCUACAGUGGUUGUGUUUUGCUGCGCUUCCUGUAUUGGUGUCUGUUUAAACAGAUGAUAGCGGCAGUCGCGGAACGCAUUACUCAACUCGCAUGUGAAACAGACGCGUUCUACAAGAAGAUGACGUCGAGUGGAACAAGUCUCAGUACAACAGAGGAGAGAGAUGUCACAACGCAGAAGGCCUGCUGUCUGAUUGGCUUGCUGGUGGAAAAGGGGCAUGCUGCUUGUGGGAAAUUCAUCUCCAAACUUGCAGAGAGGGACCUCAAUCUCUAUAGUACUCUUAGGCUUCUCCAUGACAGUUGGAGACUGUAUCGUAUGAUUCCAGAGUUCAUUAAGAGUGCUGCAGUGCUCGAGGGGCUGCUGAAGGACAUGCAGGAGAUGAAGCAGCUGAGUGAUGGAGAGGUGGAAGAAGUGAUGAAACAGGAAAGCACAUGGGUCAGGACCUCCCACCUGACAAGCAUUGUGAUGAGGAAGGGGGAUGCCUUCAGAGAGAACCUCCUCUCCAAACUCGGAGAGAGGAACCCCGAAUUCUACAGUGUAUAUUACCCUGAUUUGGACCCAGUUGACAGGCUAAUACAGGUGCAAUCCCAGUUUGUUGAGAGUGUGAGUGAUGCCGUGAUGGAGGAGCUGCUGAAGGACAUGCUGGAGAUGAAGGUGCUGAGCGAUGAGGAUGUGGAGGAAGUGAGGGAUGCUCCCCAGAAUACCGGGCUCCAGUCCUGGUUGGUGGAGCAGAUCAACAGUGGGCGGUACCCUGGUCUGAGCUGGACCAAUGAGGCACUAAAACAGUUUCGAAUCCCAUGGAAACAUGACGACCAGAAGGACUUGACACCUGAGGACACAAUGAUAUUCAAGGGCUGGGCAGUGGCGACAGGUUGUUACAGGGAGGGCAUUGACCAGCCCGAUCCUGCUUACUGGAGGAGGCAUUUCCAGCGCGCUGUGGAUAAAGACGAGUGCCUGGUGUUGCGUGCUGAUCACAGUCGAGAUCCAGUCGACCCACACAAGAUAUACCGGAGUGAGGACAUAUUAGCAGAUAAGAGAGCGAAAGUAAAACUGGAAAAAACUCACUGUCUGAUCAGCUUGCUGGUGGAAAAGGGGCGUACUGCUUCUGGGAAAUUCAUCUUCAGACUCGCAGAGAGGGACCUCAAUCUCUACAGGAGUCUUAGGCUUCAUCUUGACAGUAGGAUUCUGUGUCGUAUGAUUCCGGAGUUUAUUAAGAGUGCUGCAGUGCUUGAGGGCCUGCUGAAGGACAUGCAGGAGAUGAAGCUGCUGAGUGAUGGAGAGGUGGAGGAAGUGAAGAAACAGGCCAGCACACAGGACAGGAUCUCCCACCUGACAAGCAUGGUGAUGAGGAAGGGGGAUGCCAUCAGAGAGAACCUCCUCUUCAAACUCACAGAGAGGAACCCCAAAUUCUACAAUACACAUGGGCCUGAUUUGGACCCAGUUAACAGGCUAAUGCAGGUGCAAUCCCAGUUUGUUGAGAGAGUGAGUGAUGCCGUGAUGGAGGGGCUGCUGAUGGACAUGCUGGAAAUGAAGGUGUUGAGCGAUGAGGAUGUGGAGGAAAUGAGGGAUGCUCCCCAGAAUACCGGGCUCCAGCCCUGGUUGGUGGAGCAGAUCAACAGUGGGCUGUACCCUGGUCUGAGCUGGACCAAUGAGGCACUAAAACAGUUUAGAAUCCCAUGGAAACAUGAUGACCAGAAGGACUUGACAACUGAGGACACAAUGAUAUUCAAGGACUGGGCAGUGGCGACAGGUCGUUACAGGGAGGGUAUUGACCAGCCCGACUGGAGGAGGCAUUUCCAGCGUGCUCUGGAUAAAGACGAGAUCCUGGUGUUGCGUGCUGAUCACAGUCGAGAUCCAGUCGACCCACAUAAGAUAUACUGGAGUGAGGACAUAUUAGCAGAUAAGAGAACAAAAGUAAAACUGGAAAAAGCCCGCUGUCUGAUCAGCUUGGUGGUGGAAAAGGGGCGUGCUGCUUCUGGGAAAUUAAUCUCCAAACUCGCAGAGAGGGACCCCAAAUUCUACAAUACACAUGGGCCUGAUUUGGACCCAGUUGACAGGCUAAUACAGGUGCAAUCCCAGUUUGUCGAGAGUGUGAGUGAUGCCGUGAUGGAGGGGCUGCUGAAGGACAUGCUGGAGAUGAAGGUGCUGAGCGAUGAGGAUGUGGAGGAAGUGAGGGAUGCUCCCCAGAAUACCGGGCUCCAGCCCUGGUUGGUGGAGCAGAUCAACAGUGGGCUGUACCCUGGUCUGAGCUGGACCAAUGAGGCACUAAAACAGUUUAGAAUCCCAUGGAAACAUGAUGACCAGAAGGACUUGACACCUGAGGACACAAUGAUAUUCAAGGACUGGGCAGUGGCGACAGGUCGUUACAGGGAGGGUAUUGACCAGCCCGAUACUGCUGACUGGAGGAGGCAUUUCCAGCGUGCUCUGGAUAAAGACGAGAUCCUGGUGUUGCGUGCUGAUCACAGUCGAGAUCCAGUCGACCCACACAAGAUAUACUGGAGUGAGGACAUAUUAGCAGAUAAGAGAGCGAAAGUAAAACUGGAAAAAGCCCGCUGUCUGAUCAGCUUGCUGGUGGAAAAGGAGCGUGCUGCUUCUGGGAAAUUAAUCUCCAAACUCGCAGAGAGGGACCUCAAUCUCUACAGGACUCUUAGGCUUCAUCAUGACAGUAGGAUUCUGUGUCAUAUGAUUCCGGAGUUUAUUGAGAGUACUGCAGUGCUCAAUGGGCUGCUGAAGGAAAUGCAGGAGAUGAAGCUGCUGAGUGAUGGAGAGGUGGAGGAAGUGAAGAAACAGCCCCACCCAAGUCACAGGAUCUCCCACCUGACACGCAUGGUGAUGAAGAAGGAGGAUGCCAUCAGAGAAAACCUCCUUUCCAAACUCACAGAGAGGAAACCCAAAUUCUACAAUAUACAUAGGCCUGAUUUGGACCCAGUUGACAGGCUAAUGCAGGUGCAAUCCCAGUUUGUCGAGAGUGUGAGUGAUGCCGUGAUGGAGGGGCUACUGAAGGACAUGCUGGAGAUGAAGGUGCUGAGCGAUGAGGAUGUGGAGGAAGUGAGGGAUGCUCCCCAGAAUACCGGGCUCCAGUCCUGGUUGGUGGAGCAGAUCAACAGUGGGCGGUACCCUGGUCUGAGCUGGACCAAUGAGGCACUAAAACAGUUUAGAAUCCCAUGGAAACAUGACGACCGGAAGGACUUGACACCUGAGGACACAAUGAUAUUCAAGGACUGGGCAGUGGUGACGGGUCGUUACAGGGAGGGUAUUGACCAGCCCAAUCCUCCUGACUGGAGGAGGCAUUUCCAGUGCGCUAUGGAUAAAGAUGAGUGCCUGGUGUUGCGUGCUGAUCACAGUCGAGAUCCAGUCGACCCACACAAGAUAUACUGGAGUGAGGACAUAUUAGCAGAUAAGAGAGCAAAAGUAAAACUGGAAAAAGCCUGCUGUUUGAUCAGCUUACUGGUUGGAAAAGGGCAUGGUGCUUCUGGGAAAUUCAUCUUCAAACUCGCAGAGAGGAACCUCAAUCUCUACAGGACUCUUAGUCUUCAUCGUGACAGAAGGAGUCUGGUCCAUAUGAUUCCCAAGUUCAUUAAGAGUGAUGCAGUGCUCGAGGGGCUGCUGAAGGACAUGCAGGAGAUGAAGCAGCUGAGUGAUGGAGAGGUGGAGGAAGUGAAGAAACAGGCCAGCACACAGUGCAGGGCCUCCCACCUGACAAGCAUGGUGAUGAAGAAGGGGGAUGCCAUCAGAGAGAACUUCCUCUUCAAACUCGCAGAGAGGGACCCCGAAUUCUACACUAUACAUUGCCCUUAUUUGAACCCAGUUGACAGGCUAAUGCAGGUGCAAUCCCAGUUUGUUGAGAGUGUGAGUGAUGCCGUGAUGGAGGGGCUGCUGAAGGACAUGCUGGAGAUGAAGGUGCUGAGCGAUGAGGAUGUGGAGGAAGUGAGGGAUGCUCCCCAGAAUACCGGGCUCCAGUCCUGGUUGGUGGAGCAGAUCAACAGUGGGCGGUACCCUGGUCUGAGCUGGACCAAUGAGGUACUAAAACAGUUUCGAAUCCCAUGGAAACAUGACGACCGAUUGGACUUGACACCUGAGGACACAAUGAUAUUCAAGGACUGGGCAGUGGCGACAGGUCGUUACAGGGAGGGUAUUGACCAGCCCGAUCCUGCUGCCUGGAGGAGGAAUUUCCAGCGUGCGCUGGAUAAAGAUGAGUGUCUGGUGUUGCGUGCUGAUCACAGUCGAGAUCCAGUCGACCCACACAAGAUAUAUAUUAGCAAUGCAGAUUCCAGAUUGGAAGAAAGAGGCAACCGCUUGACCCUUAAGGUCACAGAAUUAACAACAUUUCGGCCUACAAUACACCAUGAGGGACACCAUAAAUACUACAGGUUUUCGUUCAAGAAAGAAGGAGAAUACCAGUGUGAGAUCACAGCUCUGAUUUUUGACAUGGUGUCUCCAGCUGAAGUUGUGUAUGGGACUGAGCAAUGGGAGAAGUGUCCCCUAGACCAGAGCUCCCUGCUUCCUGCCGGCCCGCUGUAUGAUAUAAACAGUCCAAGCGGAGCACUGAAGCAGCUUUCCUUCCCACAUUCGGAGUGCUCCCCUGAAGUUCAGAAUCACUUGAUGGUGGCACACUACAAGAAUGACAAUGUUGAGAUGAUUAAACCAAGCGAAGUGACAGAAACUCACAUCAAAAUAAAAGUCACAGAAAUGUCUCUCUUUGGUCUUGUGAGAAGAUGGCUGAAAUAUAAAAGUAAAGCUCAGGUGCUUCUGUUUCUCAGGCAGCUGACUGAGAGAAAGAAGCUGAAUGUUUUCUUGCUCUCCUCAAAUAUUGUUUUAGAUGAUGUGCAAGAGAAACAAAAAGACAGUAUUUUCAUUGAGACAAGUUCACGCUGUGUUGUGUUGGAAGAGGAAAAGUACAGCGUUUCAUGUGACCAGGAAAAUGCUCAUGUACAACCAGACACAUAUGAUUUUGUAAGAGACUACGGUCCCAACUUCCACCCAACAUUUGAAAUCUUUUUGAACAAUGACGUAAAAGGUCUGACUCUUGAAGUUUUCAAAAGCACCAAAAGAGAUGCUUCGGUCUGGUCUCGCAGAGUAUGGCUUGAUGAGACCGCCAGGUGUACCAGUAACUAUGUGCAAUCUGAAACGGCUGCCAUAAAACCGAGACCUACCCCAUUACAAGCAGGUGAGAGGUUGAAGGCGGUGCGGACGAGGCUCAUCGAGGGGCUGAACGCCUCAGUAAUCCGGGACCUGCUGGAUGACAUGCUGCACAUGAAUGUGUUGAACGAUGGCGAGGUGGAGCGUGUGAAAGAGGGGCAGACCUGCACCAAGGACAAGGCCAGCUGCCUGAUCGACAUGGUGAGGAAAAAGGGGAGUUCUGCAAGCGAGAAACUCAUCUCAAAACUUGCAGAGAGGGACCCUGUCUUAUACGUCACUCUUGGACUUCACAGGCAGUCAGUCGACUAAGAAGCAAAUAACUGCUUAUAAUAGAUUCUUCAAUAUAAAACUUGAAUCCAUCAAAACAGAACAAAAAAAUAACCCUUGGAUAUGUAGCCUAUUCAAAAUCCAGUGUCACUGCACACUAUUGUCUCCAUAGAAAAGCAUUGCACUCCGCUGUAUCAGGAAAGCUCAACCAGCUUGUAUUCAACCUCCAGUCUUGCAGGACUGGCGGAGGUGGGUUUCAUUUACAAGGCAGGGUGAAUUAUCCUAAUAUAUUCUCCAAGGCCCGGAUCAAAUCAAAACUUUGACAACCCGCUAAUCAUAAUUUACAAAACUAUACUUAAUAGUGUUUUCUUUUUUUGUAAGAAUCUUAUUUCUUCUACUCAUCUACUACUUCUACUCAUAAAAACACCUGCCCUGAGUCAAUUUCUUUUUUUUUCAAAGCCCACUUUAAUGACUAAACGUAAAAAUAGAGGUGCUGUCUAAUCUACUGGGAUUAGUAAAAUAAACCAUAGCAUGGUAGUAUUGGCGGACUGUCAAUCAAAACACAAAUCCGCAAAUCACAGCUGACAGAUUGUCUAUCUGGAGGUGGGACUCAGAGCGAGCGCUCUGGCAAUAGGUCAUUGUUAAGGUCAUGUGAUUGUUCUGCUGAGAGAGAUAAUAUUAACUAACAGAGCGUAAAAAUUCACAAUUUAAAAAAAUGACAUGCUUUUGGGAUAUUAAUUUAAGUGUGUUUAUGGAAUGUUUUUGCUUAUGAGUUGUAACUAAUACAUUUGUACUGUGGGCUAAGUUUUGAGACUUAGAUGUGUUUUUUUAUAGAAACGUUUUCAUACUAACUUUUGUACUUGAUAACAUUUAAAAUUCAUUUAAAAAUCCAAUUGAUGUCUAUGAUUAAUAUGUUUUUGUGACUAAUUUGAAGCUAUUAAAUAUAUUUCAGUAUCA